GCUGCCGCAUUACAGUAACGAGAUGGAGGGAACAAGGUACUGACGGCAGUUGGUCGACUGACGAACCCCUCAUGCAAGAAGUGGUAGAUCGGUUUCAUCGCCACUAGAGUCGGAUCGUCUUCGAGAGGCUGCAAAGAACGUUGACACGGACGAGCUAGAGUCACUUCGCCGCAAGAUCAUCGAGCUCGAGCGAGAGUUCUUGCUAGCCCAAGUCCAGCAACAAGUCAUCAGUGACUUGGAGGCCACGUCAUCUCUCGCGAGUUUAACGGCGCACCUGGCCAACAUGAACGUGGCCGAGUCACGCGCAGUCAUGCUGACCCGAAAGAAGCAGCUGUGGGCCACAUGUCACGAGCGCGAUUUGGCAGUGCGCCAGAUCCAAGACACACUCGACCAGAUCGACGUCACGCGGCAAGCGCUGCAGCACGCCGAAGCGGACGCGAACGCCGUGGCCGUGGCCAACGCCGCCGCCCGCAACGAGUGGAAGGCGCUCCAAAAGCGCAACACGCAAAAGAAAACCGUGCUGGAAAUGGCGUUCAACGUGCAAAUCACCAACGAGCAGUCGUGCACUGACCUUCUGGAGCGGCAGGCGGUGGCCAUGCAGGAAGACCACGAGCGAGAGCACGCCCUGGACGACCAAAUUCUUGACUUGACGGCCCAAGUCAAGCAAUCGUACGAAGUUCUAGAGCAACUUCGCCAGGAUGCGACGCGGCAAGCAGAGGACGUCCACAUCCUCGAACAGACCAAGAAGUAUGCCCACUUGAACGAGAUCAUGCAAUGGUAUAUCGAAAUGCAGGCGUUGGUCACCCAUCUCACGGGUCUGCGGGUGCUUCGCGUGGAAGCAUCGCAUUUCGAUGUCCAAGUGGGCGACUUUGAGCUGCGGAUGGUUAUGGAUCCUGACUCGAUCAAGCUACAGCAAGUGCAGUUGACCCCCCCAACGCUGGACAUUGCCGACUUGGUUGAAAUCGCCGUGGACGAGAACGACGUGCCGUUUUUACUGCGGGAAACCCAGGCGCGAGUAGUCAACAUGGCGCAGCUGCAAGCGCAUUUGGAUUUCCUUGCGACAGAGGGCGUCACGUGCACUCGCAACGGCAUGAAUGUGUCGUUGAAAUUUGGCGCACCAGAUGAAGAAAUGUAUGUGGAGGUGGAAGUGAGCACUGAAUAUGCGCUGGACCACGAGUGGCUCCAAGUGCUCGCAGUUCGACCAGCGAACGAACGAUUGAUGGUGGCGCUCAACACGACAGUGCAAUGCCGCAACCUCGUGGAUUUGAUUCGAGAAAUUGUCCACCAAUUAUUGCAAUAAGCGAUCAUAAACCACGUCUCAUAUACAACAAUCCCACUCUUGCG